AAAUUAGAUGAAGCACUAACCCAAACUAUUAAUGCCCGACUUUUUUAUGAAAAGUAUAAGUCGCUACUGGAUGAAGCCAAACAAAUACACCAAGAAAAAUAUGCUCCUCUGUGGAGUGAAAUUUAUAACAAUGAAGCAACUACCAGCGAAGAGCAAGAACAAUUAAGACAAUUAGAGGAAAUUAUGAAAAAUGCUUGGGGGAAAUUAGAGAAAGCGAUUAAUGAAUUGUUUAAAGGAAAAAUUGACACUUACUUACAGGAAUACCCUAAGUCAAAAACCUUAAAGCGGAUUAAAAGUCAUAAUAAAAAAGCACUAAAUAGCAGUAAUGACCAAGAGGUAUUUAAAUUAGUAGUCCGUUUAGCUUACCACUUAGACACAAUUGUCAAUAUAAGCAAAUAUGUCAAAAAUGAAGAGGAAAAAAAAUAUUGGUUAGAGAUACCCAAAGAAUUAUUUGAGAAUACAAUUGGAGCUAAGGGCUUUUGGUUAGUUCCAGUUCCCGGUCAGGUUCGCAGGACUAGCCAGGGCUAA